AUUGACUAUUAAGAAUCAAACCCAGCAGCAACACUAAUUUUGCCGACAAAAAUAACUGGAAACGCUCUCAACUUCGAACUGCAAUUUAACAGACACUCUGUGAGGUCCAAGCGGAAUUUAGCUCAAUUAAGUGCGUUGGGCUGGAAGAGUGUCACGAAUACGUGUAAAAAAAUAAAAAUGAUGGAAAUUUUAGCCACAUUGUGACCUUCCAUCCUGCUGUGAACAUUCCUUAUGAAAGAACAGCGACCGCAUAAAGACAAUCGAUAAUAUUUCGUUGUCGGAGGACCUAUUGCAAGGUCUUUAAAACAUGACAAGUACAGAGCAAGAAAAACUGAGGGAUGCCAGAGACAGAGUCAUGAUCGACACAGAUGAAUUUGCUUUCUCCACAGUAAAAGAUAGUGGAUUUGCAUGGCUAGUGUGCGGAGCAGCGUUUUGCACGCUUUUUGUGACGCUUGGCAUUCAUUAUAGUUGUGGCGUCGUCUUUGUGGCUUUACUCGAUUCCUUUGGAGAAAGCAAGGCUAAGACUGCUUGGGUACAGUCGAUCAGUCAGUUCAUGCUGUUCUUCUUCUGUCCGCUGUCAAGCCUGUUAACAGAGCGGUACGGGGCCCGGGCGGUGACGAUGUCGGGUGGAAUACUAAUGAGCGUUGGUUUGCUGUCGAGCUCAUUCGCAAACCAACUGAAUGUUCUAUAUCUUACAUAUGGAGUGAUAUUCGGCUUAGGUACAGCACUGGCCUACCUACCAACGCUUGUGAUGGUUGGCGAAUAUUUCGAGAAACGGCGCUCGCUUGCUACAGGGAUAGCGACUUGUGGCAGUAACACUGGAGCCUUUUCAUUGGCUAUCCUGCAGGAAGUUAUGCUGAAAAAUCACGGCUGGAGGAACGUGUUUCGUUUCAAUGGUGGUUUUGCGCUAUUAGUCAUUAUAUGUGGAAUUAUAUUUAGGCCCAUCAUUCCAGUGACCACACGCGAUUCUACUCUGAUUUCAAAUGGAAAUUUUAUGAAGAAAGUAGCAUUGCUUUUGCGAAAAAGGAAGUUCUUGUUAUGGUGUGUUUCCAGCUCAGCUGGAACAUUUGGGUAUUUCAUUCCACAUGUUCACUUGAUUCGUUAUGCCGAAGAGAACAAUGUGAGCUUACAAAAUGCAACUCUACUUAUAACAUUCAUGUCCGCUGGCUCGGCAGUCGGCAAGCUUUUUUAUGGCAAAGUUUCCGAUUAUUUUCAAGCGCAUACCCAGUCCAUAUACGUGAUCUCCAUGUUUAUAUCUGGACUGUGUUCCAUACUGUUCUCUUUUGUAUCAACAUCCUAUGUGGGCCUGGUUAUAUACGUCGUGUUGUUUGGACUGCUGGAUGGUUCUUUUAUAGGACUUAUGUCUAUUAUGACCCUCAAGUGUGUUGGUUCGGUGGAAUUGAUGUCACACAGUUGGGGUAUCUCGCUCAUGUUCAUGUCCUGUUCCAUGGUCGUGGGUCCCCCCACUGUGGGCUGGUUAAGAGAAUUAGGUAUAUCAUACAGAAGUUUAUUUUAUCUAACCGGAGGUCCGAUGAUAUUGGGAGCUCUGGUACUUCUGCCAACAAUAUGGAUGAACGAUAGCGACUCAUUUCAGGACAAUAGCCUGGUGCUCAUGAACGAGCCAGUUAUACCUCGGACGGACUCCCAACAUCAUAUUGAAAUUCAAAUGUUAACUGUCCUAUGAACUUUGGGGGCUUUGUAAAUAUGAAAAUUAUUGUCUAAUUUAAAAUUUUUUUGUAUAUUCA